GCACACAUGCGUGUCGGAAAUAAAUUACCAAGUAUGACUUCUUUGUUUUGGUUGCAUCAGUCACUACCAUUUUAGGUGCUUUGAUUUUUAUUCUAAAGUAAAACGUAGUCAAAACGUCAUUAGUGUGCAAAACAAAAGUAGGUGUUAUGUUAUCGUUAAAUGAAUAAAACCAGAGUAUUAUCGCGUGGAUAAUUCCUUUUGUGAUAGACUCGGUCGGAAGCGUAAUUAAAAAAGUGUCGUAGUAAGAAAACAGUCCUUUUAUUCUGUGAAUAAUUUAAUGUUUAUCUUUUCAAAAUGUUUUGCUUGAUAAUAUUACUAGUUACAGCGAUUCAGGUGGUGCAUUUAGCGGAUUUAAAUUGUCAUUGUGGGAGACCUUCAGAUGAUACAGUAUCAAUGAGAAUCGUUGGAGGCAGAAGGGCAGAACCGCACUCAUAUCCAUGGACAGUUGCGAUACUGAAAAAUGAUCGGAUGCAUUGUGGAGCUGCUGUUCUAACAGACAAGCAUAUUAUAAGCGCUGGACAUUGUUUCAAAUGGGACAAUAUACGGGACAUGGAGGUACUAGUAGGUCUUGACAACCUUGAUGAAAUGAAAAACGUUGAAAAAAGAAAUAUAUCUUCAGCUGUUAUUCAUGAGAAGUUCACUUCAACAGCAGUGCGAGAUGAAAACGAUAUAGCUAUUGCAACGCUGAAUGCACCCGUUCAAUUCAGUAAUACUAUACUACCGAUCUGUUUGCCAAAGCCAGGACAAGAUUUCUCAGGAAGAGUGGGUACAAUAGUUGGAUGGGGUCGCAUCGGUUCUGAGAAGAUGUCGUCCAAAUUUCUACUUAAGGCAACUCUACGGAUAUUAUCAGAUGACGAAUGCAUGAAGUCAAAGCUAUCACAACACUUGAAGCCAACUAUGAUGUGCGCCUUUUCUAAAGGAAAGGAUGGGUGCCAGGGUGAUAGUGGAGGUCCGUUUUUAACCUUCGAACCUGAAGGGAGAUAUGUGCAAGCAGGUAUUGUUUCAUGGGGUAUUGGAUGUGCUGACCCUAGAUAUCCCGGUGUUUACACAAAAGUGAGCAAUUAUAUUGAUUGGAUUCAAAAAAACAUAGCUGAUGGUAAAACAUGCAAUAACUAGUAAAUAAACAAAUAAAGAUUUUUUAAUAAUUCAA